UUUAGUUAUAAGACGAAACAAAUAGUGAACUCAUUUUUAGAUUUAGUAGAAUUAGAAAAUUGUGAUGCUAAUGCAACUGUUGAUGCUGUUUUAGAGACUUUAAAAAAUUUGAAUUUAAACCUUGCUAAUCUAAAAGGUAUUGGUACUGACAAUGCGUCCGUCAUGGUGGGCAUCAACAAUGGCGUAUACGUAAAAUUGAAAGAACGGGUUCCAAACCUAAUUUUAAUCCGUUGUGUUUGCCAUUCUUUGCAGUUGGCAGUUUCUGCAGCUGCUAAAGGGUGUUUACCUAGGAAUCUAGAAUUCCUAAUUCGAGAAACUUACAAUUGGUUUCAACAUUCUUCUUCUAGGCAAAUAAAGUACAGGCAAUUAUAUAAUACUAUAAAUGAAGGCAAUGAUCCCUUAAAAAUAACAGGGAUGUCAGCGACACGAUGGCUUUCCAUUGAUUCUGCCGUUACAUGAAUUUUUGACCAGUGGGUUGAACUGGAAACUCAUUUUUCAAUUGUUAAAGAUAGCGACAAAUGUUAUACUGCCCAAAUGCUUUACGAAAUGUAUAAAGAUGAUACCAAUUAUGCCUUUAUAUGUUUUCUCAAGCCAAUUUUAGGUGAGGUUCAAAGAGUGAACAAAGCCUUUGAAGCAAAAAACGCAGAGUCAUGUAAGCUUUUGGAAGACGUGACUAUGUUGUUAAAUAGUUUAAUAAAGAAAGUAACAACACCAAACAGCCGUUUCAAAUUAUUUUACGACGAUAUCGAGACAUUUGUUGUGCGCGACAAUUAUUUGGGAUAUCUUUUCGAAAAUAAAAUAAAAGAAAUGAAGGAGGCCGGUUUCUCAGAUGAGGCAAAUCUCCGAGAAAGGUGCAUUCGUUUCCUCACAAAAUUAAUUAAAAAGAUCACGCAAAGGAUGCCUGAUAAUAUUGAUAUUUUAAAACAAAUCUCAUUUUUUUCAGUCGAAAAUACACUGCGUGUAAUUAAACCUGAUUUAAUAAACAUUCUCGAGCUUUCCGAAUAUGAUCCACAGCUAAUUGAAAAAGUUAGUAUUCAGUGGAAAAAUAUUACUUUAAAGCAGUGGGAAAAUACCCAAAACACUAUUGAUUUUUGGUAUGAAGUUCAUUCGGCGCAGGACUGCAAUGGAGAAUUUUUUAUACUGAAAAGACAUUAUGGACGGCGCAAAAGUUCGUGAAUUUUUUUGUAAAAUCAUCAGGGAAGAUGAAGAUGUAUCUGUAGGUGUUGCUGCUAUAAGGACCCUUAUGGAAAUUAUUAAACAUUCUAAAUCUGAAACAGUGCAAGAACUUGAGACAAAUCUAAAAGAUGGAAUAAAUGUUAUGAAAAAUACAGACUACCCUGUUACCGCAAUCAAUUCAGGAUGCGAGUUAUUUCUUAGAUUUAUCACUCUAGCAGCUUUAGAUACAAGAUGUUUCAGUGAUUGCAAAAAAAUUAUGUUAGACAGGGGACAUCUAUUUAUAAAGAAAUUAGAUGAAGCUAGAGGUAAAAUAGUUAAACUAGCAUCAAAGUUCAUCGAAGAUGGAUCAAAAGUUUUAACACAUUCUCGAUCAAGGGUAGUGCUACAAGCAUUGAGGAAAGCUCAUAAGCAAAACAAGAGGUUUGAAGUAUUUGUGACUAUUUCAGCACCUGAUAAUAGUGGGAAACAAAUGUGUAAGGAGCUCCAGGCAGAAGGUAUACCUUGUACAUUGAUCUUAGAUUCUGCAGUCGGAUAUAUUAUGGAACAAGUUCAUUUCAUAAUGGUAGGAGCAGAAGGUGUUGUAGAAAGCGGUGGUAUUGUAAAUAAGGUAAUUAAAAAAAAAAGAACACGUAAUGCACUGGUUACCUUUUGUUUCUCUGCAUUUUCCUUUUUUUCAGGUGGGAAGUUAUACUAUGGCAGUAUGUGCCAAAGAAAUGAAAAAGCCUUUCUAUGUGCUUACAGAAAGUUUCAAGUUUUCAAGAUUAUUUCCUUUAGGACAACAAGAUCUGCCUGAAGAAUACAAGUAUACAUCAAGUGUAAGGAAAAAUAGUGACCUGAAGAAAGUUCAUCCUUUGGUUGAUUACACACCUCCAGCUUACAUUACCUUACUCUUCACAGAUUUAGGAAUUCUCACACCAUCAGCUGUCAGUGAUGAACUCAUCAAAUUAUAUUUAUAAUAAAACACAUUGUAUAAAAAUUAUAUUUGUUAAUAAAAAUCAUAAUUUACAUAUUACUUUGAUAAUCACAGUAAUAAUAUUGUAACUCUAUGCUAUUAUACAGUUUUUUAGACAUUU